AUAGAUAUGUUUGCCCGAUGAUUAGGAUUGUGUGGAGUCAGAGCGUUUAGGAAUGGACACGCCCACUAGGAGGAGUUCACGUGACACUCAUCGACAUGGCAACGCUAGACCAGGAUUGUGAUUACACAUACCAGCUAGUAGCGAUCGAUGGAAACAACACACCAGCGAGAUUUUCCGCGAAAAUACAUCAACGCUCCCGGUCCCAUCAGGCCGCCGUCGACGCAACUCUUCAACAGCAGCCAUCGCCUCGGACCGACGAGUUAUAAUGCAGACUACACGUCUAAGUCAAUAACGCGAAGCCUACCAGUUCGAUCGGGAACGUCGUCGGGAAACAGAAGAAACAACCCACAUCCACAGAAACCGUUUACGGUUUGGCGUUUUCCAUCGAAUCUACCGCGUCUGUGUGACACAGUCGAGGUGAACGUGCCGAGGCGCUUGAUCAAAAGGGUAUGUGCAGACAAGUGCAAAUCUACCUACCAGACUGAAUACAAAGGUGUUCAACAAGGUGAUUGCCCACCCGAUAUUCCUGGGUAUCUACUGGAGUCUGUUAGGGUUCCGAGGUAUAAUUUGGAUACGCUCAUGAGGAGCACGUACAAUUGGCCGAAUGUGAGACCUGCUCUCAAGGAGAACACGACAAGAUAUGGAUGUAAUGUCGACAAGAGUCUUGCAGCGACAGGAAUAGUUCCUACCCUAUCGUCAUGUGCCAACAGAAAACCAUUUUGGACUCUAACUACCUACUCCCAAGACUUCAACAGCAACUCAUUCAAACACCAGAGCAAGAAGCGGAUGAAUCAAACCAUACACGCUGCAUCCGACAACACCGUACUCAGUCUGAUGAAAAUGUGCAACUCGAAAGACAAGGUUUAUACAGAGCGAGCACUUCAAAGAGCAAAGGAAAGUUACCGACGAGCACCACAUAAAUACAAUGGAUCGGCAAUGACUGCCUCACGGCACCAAAAUUUUUGUCAUUGACUGUUUGUUUGUUGAUAACGUGUACAAAUUGUAAUUUCUUAUAAGAGCAACAUCAAGAUAUGAGAACAUCAUAAGCAUAUUCGAUCAUCAAGUAGAUAGUGUAACACUGAAGCAAUACUUU